CCACCGCGUAAAGGCACCGCACGAAGCGGCCGGACGUUGCCGCCGCCGCCGCCGUGCUUCCCAAAGCUCCCCGGCCCCCAUCCUCGUCUUCCUCCUCCAUCCGGCCAGCAGCGGCCGUGGGCCGGCGCUCCGUAGCGGCGGAGCUGGGCAUGCGCAGUGCGGGCGGUGCGGCGUGGAAACAUGGAGGGAGAGAAGGCUACUUUCCAUCAUGAAGGUUUCUUCUGGAGGUGCUGGUUUAGUGGAAAUGUAGGAGAGAAUAAUGCCAGCAUGUGGAAUUUCUGGUACACUAACCAGUCGCCUUCUAAGAAUUGUACACAUGCUUACUUGUCACCAUUUCCUCUUAUUCGAGAUGAACACAACUCAACCUCCUAUGACUCUGCAAUCAUUUAUCGAGGUUUCUGGACAGUACUUAUGCUCCUGGGAGUAGUCACUAUUGUGAUGGCUAGUUUCUUCAUCAUCUGUGCAGCUCCUUUUGCCAGCCACGUUCUGUACAAAGCAGGAGGAGGCUUUUUCAUCAUUGCUGGUGUCUUUUUUUCGCUGGUAGUCAUGAUGUAUGUCAUCUGGGUCCAGGCGAUGGCUGAUCUGGAAAACUACACAAGCAUGAAAAAAAUGGAUUGCCCAGACUUUGCUGUUUAUGUGCGUUAUGGCUGGUCUUUUAUGCUGGCUCCUAUAGGAGCAUUUUUUUCUUUAUUAGCAGGGAUGCUGUUUUUGUUGGUAGGGCGUUCCAUUUAUUUACACUCAGACUAGAAAUACACUGCUUAAGGCAAUACAGUAGGAAAGGAACCAUAGUGAAGCUUCAUCACAAUUGUAAACUGGAACACAAUUUUAUACAUUACCUUUAUGGCAACCCUAAGUGUGCAGGCAGACUUCUGGAAGUUCUUCUGUUACUUGUUUAAGGGUAAAGGACACAAAACUCAUUACAGGAGGAAACCACCUUUAGCCUCAACUAGCUGUUUUUAAUUCUUUAGUAAGUACACAAUACUCCAUAUUGUACUAUUAGCAACAUAUUUCCAGUUUUGCAGCUAGAGAAAGGCAAAUAUUUUCUGCAACCUAAAGCCCAACAUGAAGUGGGCCAAAUCAACAUUUUAUACGUCUUUUAACAUUUAUUUUGUGCUUCUACAUGUGGAGAUGGUACAAGGUAGAGGAGACAACAAGCAUUCACACACAGUAAUUCAAUCUGCCCCCUCUUCUGUUUUCCACUACUUGCCUUAGCUUUAGUAUAAGCAAACAUGUCUGCACUUUAUAAAAAUAGAGUGCAGUUGUUCAUACAGCAUCCAUGCGAAGAGGACAAGAGAGAAGACAAUUGCCGUGAACAGCAACCUGGUGCUAGUCUGUACAUGUAGAAGCCUAACUGCUUCCGUUACACAUUUCUCUUUUCUGUAUGCAUUUGAAAGCUGUAUACUUCUGUGUUCUGAAAUCCAUGUAUUUUGCAUGAUUCUAUAAGCCAAAAUGCCAUAGUUAAAUCACUAGCUAAAGUUACACCAAAAUUGUACUUUGAAUUAUAGCAUUAAUAUUUUAACCAAGUUUUAACCCUUUUAUUUUUUGUCUGGAAUACUUGGCUUUCCCACAAACAUAUUC